CCAAGCUUUUCAAAUCAGCAGUCCAAAAGCCUUGAUGAUUUCUUCAGCUUCAUAGGAUGGCAACCUGCAAGAGACUGGGAAUCCCUGCCUGCCAUCAAACACACACGGCAAGACCAGGAGGUGUUCAGCGUCUGGUAAAGCCAAUCCCGUAAUUCCUACAGAAAGAGGGGAGUUUGUAUUUGUGUUUCGAGGCUGUUCCUACGACUCUUCCACCCAAGGCUGAACUCGGCGGGUGUCGGCGCUGAGCGUCCCUGGGGCUGGUGGUGCUUCACGUCUGAGCUUCAAACAAAUGCUCCUAUCUUCUCUGGUGGACUCACCCGAGUUUUUCAUCCUUAGGCCUGACAUUCAUCACCAGGUGGAAUCAAUGCCUCAGCCAGGCAACAUGACGGUGCAGUUCGAUAACCUGUCGUGCAACCACUCCAUCGACGACUUCCGAAACCGAAUCUACUCCACGCUUUACUCCAUGAUCAGCAUCAUGGGCUUCGUUGGCAACGGCAUCGUGCUCUACGUCCUCAUAAAAACGUACCGGCAAAAGACAGCCUUCCAGGUGUACAUGCUGAACCUUGCCGUGUCUGACUUCCUCUGCGUGUGCACCCUGCCCCUGCGUGUCAUCUACUAUGUCCACAAAGGGAACUGGUUCUUCAGUGACUUCCUUUGCAGGAUCAGUUCGUACGCCUUGUACGUCAACCUGUAUUGCAGCAUUUUCUUCAUGACUGCCAUGAGCUUCUUCCGUUGCAUCGCCAUCGUUUUUCCAGUCCAGCACAUCAAUUUGGUAACAGAGAAGAAAGCUAAAUUCGUCUGCAUCGGCAUCUGGAUCUUUGUCACCCUGACGAGCGCUCCCUUUCUGCAAAAUGGGUCGUACCCAGAUGGCAACAAGACCAAGUGCUUUGAACCCCCGGAAAACAGGGAGAAGAAAACUCUAGUCGUGGUCCUGGAUUUUAUUGCCCUAUUUGUGGGUUUCAUUUUUCCCUUUAUUGUCAUAACUAUCUGCUACACCAUGAUCAUAAGGACCUUACUGAAAAAUUCCUUGAAGAAGAACCAAGCUAACCGCAAGAAGGCUGUCUGGAUGAUCAUCAUUGUGACGGCCACCUUCCUGGUGAGCUUCACCCCGUACCACAUUAUGCGUACAGUCCAUCUCCACAUGCUGGGGCAGGAGGGCACCCGCUGUGAGGACACCAUAUACCAGAAAUCAGUUGUGGUAACACUCCCCUUGGCAGCUUCCAACUGCUGCUUUGACCCGCUUCUCUAUUUCUUCUCAGGGGGGAACUUUCGGAAGAGACUUACCACACUUAGGAAGGCUUCUUCCUCCAGCAUAACGCAGGCCUUCAGGAAGAAGUUCUCCAUAAAAGAGAAAGACGAGGAACCCUUUGGAGAAAGCCAUAGGGAGAAUGGGAAUGCAGCUGUGGCCUCUUCAUAAGGAGGCUACACCUUCCCCUAAGAUCUCAGAUGGGCAUCAGAGAUCUUGGAACUCUUCCAGAAGACAUGAUGGAGGCUUGCAAGCCUUCUUCACAGUUAGGUAUGUAAUAACAGAGGAUGGUCCCUGAUUUUUAUGCUACUCAGUGGUACAGCCACUUCCAGGGAUGGGAGGACCCUUCCCCAGGAGCAAGCACUGCUUGGACAAACGCAACCACUUAGCACGGAGGAACCGCCUCCAGUGAGCACCAGAAAACUGUUGAUCUGAUGAUAAACUCGCAUAAACUCUCCAAAGCCUGUGUUUGGGCAUUUACUUCAUGUCACAACUCUACAAAGAGCAUUAAUUCUUUGAGUCGGUGAGAAAUGUAAACAUGGCAUUUGCUGUAUGCGGCGCUCAAGGAACUGCUGACAAAUAAUGAGGGCAGAGUUUUCACCAGAUCUUCAAACAGCCGCUAAAUUAUUUACACAGCAGAGGCCGGGAUAAUUCCUGCCCUGCUCCCAACUGAGUCUGCUUCAGAUUUCAGCGUUUAAGAUGGUUUUGGGUGUAAGACGUGCAGAGUUUGUGCCUGGGUCUGCAAAUCCAGGAACCUGGGCUUCAGUCCCUCCCCACCCCCAAAAAGCAGCUCUUCAGACAUGCUCCCGUGGGCAGCAGAUCUGAAUUUCUAGAAAAAUCUGUGGGAGUGGAUUUAAGUUUCAAAUGUGCAUUAGGAUACCGCAAUUUUAUUUCAAUGGGACUGGUCCUGUAAGUGAUGGCUGGAGGGUACGGAUUAUCACUGCAGUUCUUCAGGUGAUUUUACCUAGAAGUAGAGCUCUGGGUGCUCAGGGCCUAGUGCAGGAUCAGGUCUGCCUUUCUCAACUAUUGACCACAUUAAUAAUUUUUAAAAAAGAAAAUAAUGCAGAAGUCUUAUUUAAAAAUAGCUAUAUAUGAUAAGUGAUCCUGUUCAAGGGUGUACACCUUGCAGAAAAGAGGCGACCCAAGACGCUUGGAAAGAUCUCGAGGAAGACCUGGAGAUCUCAAGGUGAAUCUUAUGUAGGUGAAUCUUAUUUUGAGUACAGUAGGGUGAAAAAACCCUAGUUGGGCUUUGUUUCGUGUGUAAAGCAAAAACUUCCAAAUCUUGGAGAGAAGGAAACAUUCCUCUGUUUUUCCAGUGAACCCACUGAAAAGUAACGCUGCCUGUCUUCUGCUUGGAGCAAAGCCCAGCCUGAGAUGUGUGAUCCAUCAGGACAGAAAUAGAAAUUCUUGUAGGAUUAGGACUUUUAGUUGGAAAAGUGGUUGAUAAGUGAAUAGCACGUGUGUUUUGGUGUGGUAUUUGUGAAGUUACUUGAUGUUAUCUUAAAUAAAGAAAACCGUUUUAACACUGUAGAAUAAAAGUGAGCAAAAGGAGUUUGGCUUGGGGACAGGGGCUGCCUGAGAAAUUACCUUGACAGAUACCCAGAAGAGCAUAAAUUCACUCUUUAGACAUGGUCUGCAUGUCCCUGGGUCAGCAAAAGGCGCUUAAAUUGAUCUGCAGGUCAAUUUGCUGUUCGUGUAGAGAAGAGCUACAUUUCCCCCUAAACCCACAGGAGAGCAGAGCUUGUAGCUCCAUGAUACAACUGUGGACUGCUUUGAGAAAGCCAACUCUCUCCUCUUACAGACUAAAACUUCUUUUCAAGGGUUAGCCCUGAGUGUCACAGCUGUGUCUCAAAGCGUUGAAGGCAUUAUACAACUGUAAAUAAAAUUAUCAUGGAAAACUGAGUUUCAGAAUAUGCAAAAAUAAUAUGCACAUUCACAAAUGUUAAAGUAUUGUACAGUAAAGCUAUAUAUAUGUGGUGCAAAGCAUUUUUAUUGUACAUUAAAAGCAUAUAUAUAUA